UUCCUCCUUGUUGCACAUUGCAAACGUCCUUUAAAAUCAAGCUAUAGAGAGAAGUAAACAUACAAACGUAAACAUACAACGUUACGUGCCUAAUUUGGUACUAAAUUUUCCCAAGUUCAUGAAAUGGGGGCAUGUUUCAAUUCUCAAGUCAGAACUAAGAUCAUCAACUUCCAUUGCACCAGCAAAAUCUCAACAUUUCUUACAAACAGAAUUUAUUCUCGCUCCAAAAACACAUCCUUAAAGAUGAAAUCCCAGCAAAAUUCCAAGAGACCCACCUGCCCAUCUUGCGCAAAACCCCUUUCCCUCUGCCUUUGCACUCGACUUAAGACCCCAAAUCUUGACAACAAAGUGCAUGUCACCAUAUUGCAGCAUAGCUUGGAGAUUAAACAUCCCCUUAAUUCUGCUAAAAUUGCCAAACUGGGUUUGAAAAAUGUCGAUGUGAUUACUGUUACUGAUGUCAUGUUUGAUGCUCGGUUUGAUAUUGAGCCAUUGGGGGAGUUGGGCGGUGCACAGACUUUUUUCGGUGGAGAAUGCACACCAAAUGUUUGUGAAAAUGGGCUUGAGAGUUUGGACUGUGAUGGAAGUUUAGUGGAUGAAAGAUAUCGAAAACGUGGUUUUGAUCAGGUUUCUGGUCUUGAUUCAGGAGUUGGGUCUGUUGGCAUUUUAGAUUCUGAUUGGUUUUCGGGUUGUGUUCCAGAAAAUGUUGAUGAAAUAGUUGAUUUUGAGGGUAAGGGUGGUGCAUUGGCCAAGAAAAAUGAACACUUGCUUAAGCAAUGUGAUGCAGAUGUUACCGGUGUUUGUGAUGAUUUAAUGGGUGAAGAUGAUGAUUAUGAAGGUUUAUUGAGUGUAAAGAUUGGUAAAUAUGGAGAAAUCAGUGACAUUUGUCAUCAAUGGAAGCUGCAAGUUGAAGGGAAAACACUGAAUCUUGAGCAUGUGGUUGCCUCACCAGAGGCUCUAGAAGCUCUAGCAGGAGGGUUUGUGGUAAAGAAGCUACAAAAGAAGCAGAAAAAUGGGAGUGUAGAAUUAGAACAAUUUGAAGAGUUUCAAAUCACGGUACCACCUGGGUCAGCACUUCUUUUUCCGGCCCAAAAGGCGUUGCCAGCUGAGGCAAUUGACUUUGAGGUGAAGAACUUGAUUGUUUUGGAUGGAACUUGGUCAAAGGCAAAUAGAAUGUACAAUGAGAAUCCAUGGUUGAAAAUGUUGCCGUCAGUGAGGUUAGAUAUGGAGAAGCUGAGCUUGUUUAGUGAAGUUAGGCGUCAGCCUAAGCCAGGAUAUCUGUCUACCAUCGAGAGCAUUGUGUAUGCAUUGGAGGCACUGGGAAAAAGCGAAAAGCUGGAGGGGCUGGAUAACUUACUGGAUGUUUUUGAGUCCAUGGUUGAAGACCAGAGACGAUUCAAGGAUGAGGCGUUAAAGAAGCUAUCUUCAUACAGGAUGUAAGAAUCAUGACUUCAUGAGCUAUCUAUCUAGAUAACUGAAUCUAGUCUUCUGUUUAUAUACAAGCUCUGUUUAAUUAACAUGAAUACUUCAAAAUUAUGUUUGUGAUAAUUAAUCAUAUUCUUAUGUUAUCCUUGUUUUGAAGAUUAUACAACAAUAUUUGCUACUACAA